UAGAUUUGCCAUUUAUUACUGUUUUAUAUAGUAUCUAUGUAUUACUAAUAUCUAUUAAUAUCUAUGUACCUAUCUGUGUAUUUAUGUAUUAAUCUUUGUUUUAUUAAUAAUUUUGUCUGCCACUGUACAUCGACUAUAGCAUAAAGACUAUAAUAUAUAUGUGCGCUAUGGAAUGGAUUGUAGUACAUUUCAUAGACGAAAAUGUAGUUGAGGCGGUACCAAAAUUGUGGUUACACGACAAUUUAUGUUACUGGCCGCCAUAUACUGGUAAUAAAUUAAGAAAUGCAAUGAACACCUGUGAAAAACCAGUGUUUGGUUCGUGGCCACUAUUUAAAGUACGAGAGCUAGGAGAUGGACAAACUUAUGAUGAUUUCCAAAAAGCAAAGUCAAAAGCUUCUGUUGCAGAAGAUACAUCUGAUUUAGCAUCAGAUGUUGAAGGAAAAAGAAUUCGAAAAAAAAAGAAAUUUCUGUAUAGUACAAACGAAACACAAAGUGAGGAAAACGAAACAGAGAGUGAGGUAACUGCUGACUACACUUCAUCGGAUAGUGAAGUACAUCCUACGAAAUUUCCUAUGCUUUCUGAACACACAGAAAUAGAUAUUAAUACAUGCAUGAGUCCAAAACCCUGUACAAGUACAAUAGUAGCAAGUUCAAAAGAAAUAAAUCCAAAACCACGUACAAGUAAAAUUGGAGCAAGUGGUGCAAAGGAAAUAAAUCCAAAACGAGGUAUAAAUAAAAUAGGAACAAGUGCAAAAGUAAAUCCAAAACCAUUUACAAGUGAAAAAGCAACAAGUGCAAAAGAAAUUAUUACUGAUAAUAAUAACGACAAAGAAAAUGUAUUGGAGCCAACAACACUAAAUAAAAACAAAACGAGAUCAUUGCAUGAAAUCAUCACUUCAAAUUCUAAGGAUAAUAUGAAUUGUCACAUCGAUAAAACUGAUACUGAUGCUGCAUUUAAAAAGCAAGUCCUACGUCAAUUGCAAAUUAUUAAUUUAAGACAAUCGCAAUUAUGGGAAGAUGUGCAAACCAUUCUACAAAAGAUUCAAGUACAAGAUGAUAGAAUGUUAAUAACAGAUAAUGAAGAAACUAUUUUUAAUAAGUUUGAUUUUCCUCUAAAAAGCAUAGACGAAUUAAAUGCCGUCGAAGAACAUUUAAUGGACAAGACAAAUACUAACAUGUUUGUGAAAGAAUUAACAAAAAUUGGUGGAGCUACAUACAAGCAUGCCAUAAAAAGGAUCAUGUGCAAUUUAUUCUCAAAUGAGGUUGCACAAACUUACAGUUGGAUAGGAUUCAAGGGAAAGAACAAGUUUUCUCUUCUACAGAUUUCAGCUUGCAUAAUAAAAGCCGUGCAAAAAAUACAUAAUACAAUCACAUUAUGUGACAUUGAAGCAGCCAUAAAAGCAUGGCUUGUAAAAGCGAAGUUAAGAAAUGCUAAGAAAGAAGAUAAGUAAUUAAAAAUCGCAAAAAGAGUCAUUAUUACCACAUAAAGUGCAAUAUUUAUGUUACUUAAUUACUUUUAUGCAGACAUGCAAUAUUUAUGUUACUUAUUUUUAUAUGUAGACGUGCAAAUUAACAAGUAUUUUCUGGUCUGUAAUUGUAAUGUCAAUUUUUUUGCAUUGCACAGAAGUUUCUACAUUAUUUAUGUUCAUUAUAUUAUUAAAGUCCAGAUAUUAUAGUUAUGUAAGUUAAUAUAUUUAGUCAUAUAAAAGUAUUUAGAUAUAUGUAUAUUUACGUCAAAACGCAGAGUCAUUAUUAGCAUAUACAUAAUGUAUAUAUAAUGUAAAA